AUGGCGCAGGAAGUGAUCAUCGCUGGGCGCAGCUACUCGCUGUCUGAGACACUACGCAGCGCCGAGCUGGCUCCGAUCUUCGAAGACGCAUGGACAGCAUCACGCGUGUGGGAAGCCAGUCGCUUCUUGGCUGAGCGCCUUGUACACUUCGCCUCUGGGUCACCCGUCACCUUCAACGUGAGCGCCGGGCAAUCAGUGCUGGAACUGGGCAGCGGCUGUGGCCUUGCGGGACUCGUGGCGGCCUCAUUGGGUGCAGAUGUACUGCUCACGGACCAACGUGAGGCGCUUGAGCUGCUGGAACGCAACGUCGAGACCAACGCGACGUCCAAUACCGAGCGAGCGCGUCUUCACGUGGCCGAAUUCGUCUGGGGCUCCGACUGGAGUUCGCCCCGCAGUAGCUACAACUACAUUCUCGUGUCGGACUGCAUCAACCCCAUUUACGGACAGGACAGCUGGAGAAACCUGGCGCGUAGUAUCUAUAGAUUUAGCAACGAGGAGACGAUCACCUACUUAGCCCACGAAGCCAGGGGAGAGGACGAAGCUAUGGGAGAUUUUUUGGACUCCAGUGCUGCGAUGUUGCGGUGCGAACGCAUUGGUCAGCAAGGUAGAAUCAGCCUCUUUAGGAUCAGGAAGCAGUACAAAUAG